AUGGCAGAGGUUGACGUGCCCGCAUCAGACGAGACUAUCUCAUCUCGUACACCAACGGCCGAAUCACAACUUCGACCUUCCUCUCCAACUCCUUCCCACGCACCGCAAGAUGCGCCAACACCAACACUAUCGCCACCAACGCUCGAGGAAACUAUCCGCAGCAUUUUCGCAUCCUCAACUCUCCCGCUCCCCGAAGACUCCUCGAUCGAAGCACCUACAGAGGGCAUCGACCGAUCUCUCUGGCACUGGUCCCACGGCGACAAGGAAUUCUGCCAGCGACCAUUCGCCCUGGGAUUCGUAUACGCACACACUAUCUUCAUGCUAGCCUUUGCAGUUGCGUUUGGCUGGGGACUGGCAGCGGGCCCGCCCGAGGCUGUGUGGGCGCUGGGCGCAGUAAUGCUAGCCAUCAGCGCAAGGCGAAUUGCUGGUUUCGCAUUCUUUGCGGCCUUGGCUCGGUGGUAUAGGGCGGAGAUAGCGGAGAUGGAGAAUGCCUUGGGUGCGGAGGCGGAUGCGAAGGGCAAGGCUGGCAUGGGGAUGCAUCAUAACCACGCUGUGAUGCAUGCACAGGCUAUAAAUGCUAUGGAUGAAACCUCGGGGAAUGAUGAGGAGUUGGAAUUCGCUGACUUGUGA